ACGCUGCCUUCCUUUCCAGGAGCCAUCGCAAUCCCGACUGCAACUCCCGCCGCCGCCCGCUCCAGAGUCCCCAGAUCGAUUCGCUCACGCUAGAGAUCGACGAAUCGCUCACCUCGCAUCUUCCCGGCUCCAAGAUCGAUAUGGCGGCAGGCGGCCACCACUGGCUGGCGGCGGCGCCCCCCAACUUCCGCGCCAAAGUGGUCGAAAAGAUGAUGAAGAAAUUUCCCCAACCCAAUGGGCCAGAUCAGCUUGCUCAAGUCCACGCCGUUGCCUCCCGAUUCGAGGCCAUCGCGUUCAGGGCUGCCACCGGCAUGCGAGAUUACCUCACAAGAAUAAGCAAGAAGAUGAUCCAGAUUCAGAACAUACAACAACAGACCGCUGCUCCGAACCUUCAGCAACAGGCGCACGUGGGAUUCCAAAUGCAGCAGGCUAAUGCAGCCCAAGCUAAUUACUCUGUCAGGCCACCCCCAAUGGCACCGGCUGUCCGGCCAUCAGUAGCUCCUCAGACUCAACGCCCGGCCAGCCAUAUCUCCAGUGGCAUGUGUAAGCAGCAGCCCCAGCCCCAGCCACGCUUGGUGGGGAUAAUGAAUCAGCAACACCCGAGGAGGGUCAACCUAAUGCAGAGGGUACAGCAGGCCAAUAAUGUCGCCGUGAUGCAGACUGGGCACCCUGGAGGACAGAACAAGAACAACCAGCAAUAUGAAAGCCCUCCAACUUCAGAGAUAAUUACAAGGAAUAAUGCCGAAGAAGUCGACUGGAGGGAGGACCUGUUCCAGAAGAUCACAUUACUCAAGGAUGCCCACUUCGCUGAGCUCAUGGAAUACGACCGAGCGUUGGAUGUUCGUGAUAUAACAAAUGAACAAUUCGAGUCGAUGCCUGAACAGCAAGCUAAGAAAUGCAGGCAGAUGCAAACAAUCAAGGGAAUGAUACAGAGGGUGCUGAGCUUCCUUCAGCUCCAGAAAGGCAACAUUCCCGAACAGGCCAUGGGUCAGUUGGACAAGUGCCAAGCCAUGAUAUUUGGUCUGCUGGAUUUCUUCAGGAUGGAAAGAAAAAAAGCCACGAUCGCAGCGAGGAACUGUCGCGAGCCGCCUCAGGUCGCGAGUCCAGCUCGCACCACGGCACCACCCACUGGUGGCAUGGAUACGCAGCAUGAACAUCGAGAGGCCCCUGCAGUUGAAACCAUCUCGACGCAGCCAACACAGAGCAGUCCGGCGAGAUCAACUCCCCUGGCUCUGGAACCAAAUGAGAGCGACACCGCCAACUUGGCAGGUGAAGCAGAGGAUGAUGGUCAGGCUGAGAUGCAGAGUGAAGCUGGAGCACCGGUAGCUGACGCUGCAACAUUCACCGGAGGAACAUGUAGCCAGGAAGAAGAACAUCGAGAGCAUCCAGUAGAUGAAGCGGUUAUUCCUGAGAUGUCACAGAACGUUCCUCCUGGAGGAACAUGUAGCCAGGAAGAAGAUCAAGAGAAUACAGAAGACGAACCGGUUAUUUCUGAGUUGACACAGAACGCUACUCCUGAAGGAACAUGUAUCCAGGAAGAAAAACAGCAAGAGCAUCCAGCAGAUGAGGCGGUCAUUAUGCCUGAGUUGACACAGAACGAGGUGUGUGUCACAGCUGAAGUGCCGGUAUCCAUGGAGCCGCCGAUCGAGAGCGGAGACAAGGCGGAAGCGUUCCGCAGCGUAGCCCGUGAAUUGGGUCUGAACCUUGGGCGCGGCACCCGCCUCCGUAGGACCAUCGACUACGAGGAGGAGGACGCAUGGGAGCCUGAAACCAAGAGGCAGAAAACGCAGAGCUUCGGCUUCGGCUGCGGCUACGGCUACGGCUACGUCAACGACGCAGUGCUGGACGAGGUCAGAGACGCGCACAGGGCGCUGCUCGAGACGGAGGUCAGCAUCAUCAGAGACACCACGGCAUCAUCAGAGAUGGUGGUCGGGUUCUUCUACACCUCCGUGACGCUCCCGCCGGACUUCAGGGGGGCCUGCGAGGUGUCCGAGGUGUACGCGAAGCUGCUCGUCCCCGCCGACUACCCACGGAGCUCUCCGGCGGUGCUGCCCCGCGGCGAGAUGAGGGAGGGGUUCCCGUGCGCGGUGGACGUGGCGUUCCGGCACGCCGUGGGCGAGCUCCCGGAGCCCAGGUCGAUCGUGGACAUAGCCAGGGCGUUCGACUCGUGCGUGCGGAGCGUCGGAACCGAGUUCGUGAAUAUGAUGAGGAGGUGGGAGUUGGAAAGUUACAUGGAAAAUUAUGACCCUAGGAUGGGAUCUUGUAUAUCGAUGUAAGAAAAGUUCUAACUUGGUAUAUGUAGAACAUGUAUAGGAGGAGUGGAGGAAAUUGUUUGCUGCAGAGCUGAUUCAAUAGGAACGUGUAGGGGAACAGCUGCCUUAUAUUAAUUGUACGAUGUUGUUCAUGCAUGUUUAUGUGUACAACCAGGGUGUUUGGCAUGGAAAA